UUUCCAAUCAAAAUGCGUUUAUGAGUUCAUCCUGAAGUGAAAGAAUCUGCGUCUUGUGCUCAAAGAUUGGAUUCUUUAAAAAAACAUGCGUCUUUUCUCGUUUCAUUGCGUUUUGUUGUCUGCCUUAGCAAUUCUUUAUUAUGCAGAACGAUGUGAAGGAUUAACUAUAAAAAUCAAACUGAAAGAAGAUGUUGUCCUAAAGAUAACUUUGAUUGGAAAGAAAACAAAGAAUACUACAGACACAAAGAUCAAUUUACCUUACACUGAUAAAGAACAAUGGGAAAAACUUCGCAGUAAUAUGAUUGGAAACAGCUCUGAAGCAAAUAUGGAUAACGCAACUUCAUUAUUUGAUCGCAUUGUUAUCACAAAUGCAUUUGCACGAUCGAAAUCAAAUGAUGGCCGGUUUCUGUACCAAGGUGAUAUUUUAAUGGAUGCUGAUAGUUUCCUGCCUAAUACGAGGAAAAAAAGAGCCAUAAUUGCCUUUGAUUAUUUUCGAUGGAACGUCAAACAAGGAGUACCUUAUAAAUUACAUUCAUCUUUGGAUGCCGCCAGUCGCCGCGUUAUUCUUAGUGCAAUGAGAGAAUGGGAAGAAUCUUUGCCCUGUAUAAAAUGGCGAGUAAAAACUGCUGACGAUGUAGAUUUCGUUCACUUUUUUAAAGGUGAUGGAUGCUUUUCUCAGGUCGGGCGUACUGGUAGCGAACAGUCAUUAUCCAUAGGCAAAGGUUGCGCAGUUCAUGGCAUUGUUCUCCAUGAGAUGGGCCAUGCUCUGGGGAUUUUCCACGAACAGUCACGUCCAGAUAGAGAUGAUUACGUGGAAAUAGUGAAAGAAAAUAUCCUGGAAGGUUUUGAGUCGCAAUUUGAAAAAUUCGGUGAGGAGGCUAUCAACAGUUACAAUAUCUCAUAUGAUUACUCUUCAAUCAUGCAUUAUUCGGCAACGGCAUUUGCAAAACAAAGAGGAUUAGUUACGAUAGAGCCACGACCGAAACGCGACAUCAAAUUUGGUCAACGUCUUCACCUGAGUCCUAGUGAUAUCAGACAGGCAAGAGCUAUGUAUCGCUGUGAAGACACGGAGUUUAACGCGACUCCGGGCUCCACAACUACCCCUAAACCCACAACUACCCCCAAACCUACAACUAUGCGUAAACCCACGACAUCAAAAACGACAACUACCCCCAAACCGACAACAUUAAAACCCACAACAGCCCCAACACCAACAACAGAGCUAGAACUAUCUAGUGGCACACCACCUGAUGAUAUAACUGAAACUACAACAUUUGAAAAACAAACAGACACGGUCACUAUGCAAACAUCUACCCCCAAACCUACAACAUUAAAACCCACAACAGCCCCAACACCAACAACAGAGCUAGAACUAUCUAGUGGCACACCACCUGAUGAUAUAACCGAAACUACAACAUUUGAAAAACAAACAGACACGGUCACCAUGCAAACAACAACACAACCAACAGAAUCGCCAAUCAUCAGUACACCCAAAAUAGAAAAACCAACGAUUGCCACAGGCGUCGUUGAAACCCAAGAACUAAAAACCGAUGCAGGAGUAGUCGCUACAACAGAUACACCAAACUUGACAACCCAAAGACAAACGAAACCUGUUACAUUACCAUCCAAACCAUCCAAACCUGAAGAUUGCGUUGAUCUGUUGUCCACUUGUUACAAAUGGAUCCGCAAAGGCUAUUGCUCACCAUCAUCACCAAACUAUUGUUAUAUGAAGUACUUCUGCAGUAAAACUUGUCAAAUUUGGAGAAAUUCGGAGUUAAGCAUGGGAGCAACUUGUGUUGAUCUGCUUUCUGAUUGCGAGGCAAAGGCACUAACAGGUCAAUGUACUGAUUUGGAUAAUCGUGAAUACAUGGAAAAUAUGUGCUGUGAAUCAUGCCGUCAGGAAAAUUGUAUUGACGAAGAUCCUUCCUGCGGAGACUGGGCUACAUCUGUACGACUGUGCUCCCUUUACCCGUAUUUGCAGAAACGCUGUAAAAAGAGCUGCAAUUUGUGUGAGAUCUGAAAAAUUUUAGACUCUGAAUUAAGUAAAAUAUCCUCGUUCUACGAACUGCAUCUUAUAUCUGAAACAUAGAAGCUCCGAGAGGUUUGUGAUUUUCAUAGGCAUAGCCGCAUAGGUUGUUAAAACUAUAGACAUAUAUAAAUUUAGAUUUUUUGUUCUAAAAUGGGUAUACUGGUAUAUAUGGAAUAAUAAACGUAAUUCGAAAACACUGCAUAAUAAAAUGCUCUCAAAUUCUUGAAAUACCAUAGUAGCUAGUUUGUCUCAAUGUUUACGUAAAGAGAGUUUAAAGCUCGAACAGCGAUGAUUCCCCCUGGUUAAAACGAGCAGUUAUGGCACGAAAACGAGACCAUUGAGGUACGGUAAUCUCUAUUACAUUAGAUAAAAAUCUAAGAAAUCCAUAAUCAUAAAAAAACGUGCCGUAUAUGAAGUAAAUUUAAGUUAAUUUUGUCAGCGCUUACACUAAA